CCAAAGACGUACCGCCAUACAAACCAGAAGCCUACCAGCCAGUCAGAAGACGCGAGCCUUUGCCGUAUCACUUCUGGAUGGAGACGAAAGAAUCCGCUCCCGACUUUACCUUCCUGCUGCGUCCUCGUGUCAUGCAAGCCCGCGACACCUGUAAACUGUUGUGCUGCCUGAGCGGCAAACCAACGCCCACGGUCAAAUGGUACAAGAACCAGAAAGAAUUGUCCAAAUUGGAUUACACGAUGACGAACGCGGACGGCGUGGUGACGAUGGAGAUCGUCGACUGCAAGCCCGAGGACAGCGGCAAGUACAGGUGCGUGGCGAUCAAUUGCCACGGCACGGACGAGACGAGCUGCGUUGUCAUCGUCGAGGGCUCAGGCGAGACCGAGGAGCAAGAACAGCUGGCCCACGAUUUCUUACAUUCCGGAGAGCGCCGGUUCAUCGAAAAGCCGCUCAAGCCGGCUCCGUAUCAGCCGGUCACGACCACGGUCAUCAGGUCGACGCCGUUCAAGCCAGGCCACACUCCGGUCGCCAACAUACCGAUAAGCGAGCGCGAGCUGCACCGGGUCACGAUUCCGGAGCCAGAGCCUGCGCCGGUCCCAGUCGUGGAAAAGAAGCCCGAGCCACCGAAACCUGUCACACCCGAACCCGUGUUCGAUAAACCCGAACCCAAAGCGAAGAAAUCGGCCAAGAAGUAUGGCUCGAAGUUGGACACGACGGGCAGCCCGUCCAGAUCGAGAAGCACGACAAAAGAACUGAUUCCUGCCCCUGACACAACGAUGGGACCACCGGCAUUCGUCCAGCAGUUGGAUAGUGAGCUAAAGAUCGACGACGGCACGAGGCUCGAACUAACUGUCAAAGUCGAGGGUGAUCCCGAGCCACAAGUCACGUGGUUGAAGAACGAACAGAUCGUCACGUCGUCAGAUGUUGUCGAUUUAAGGUAUAAGAAUGGAGUAGCUUCACUGACGAUCGCCGAGGUCUUCCCCGAAGACGAGGGCGAAUACGUAUGCACGGCUAGCAACAGUAUUGGAACCAUAUCUACCACUUGCAAGUUAAAGAUCAAUCCUGUAGAAAAAGCACCAGAGCCCAAACGAAAGGUCGAAACCGAUGAUCACGCGCCACAAAUAGUCGACCACCUGAAGAGCACAGUGGUGAACGACGGUGAAGCGGUGACGCUUAGCUGUCGUAUCAUCGGGGCGAACAAGUUCGACGUCAUUUGGCUGCACAGCAACAAAGAGAUCAAACCGAGCAAAGACUUCCAGUACACCAGCGAAGCCAACAUCCACAAGCUCAUCAUCGCCGAGAUCUUCCCCGAGGAUUGCGGCACUUACACGUGCGAGGCGUUCAAUGACGCGGGCGAAAGUUUCUCGUCUUGUACGCUCAACGUUCUCGUUCCCAACGAAGAACCCAAGAGCCCGGUGUUCAAGACAUUCCCGCAGUCGGCGACUGUAACAGAAGGAGAAGCCGUCUACGCAUCGUGCAAGUUUGAAGAUGCGCCUCUCAAAG